UGCAGGUUAAGCUUUGGAUUCAUUCUUUGGAUCUCAAUGAUACUCGUGUGCUCGGGUUACCCAGUCGUCCAUUCCAUGAGCAGCAAUCCUUUUUAUUUGAAUUGCCAACUGUAUGGAAAAGCUGAUUACUGCCUCGUCCUGCUGAAUAACUGCUUAGCCAAGGUGGGCAGGAAUGAAGAACUGGCUUUUUUAAAGCCUUACCUGGAGGUGCCUUCCAAUAAAAGGUCCUUCCGCAACGGAGUUGGAUCAGGAAUUAAAAAAACUUCCUUUCGAAGAGCAAAGUCAUAACCAAGUGUUCAAAAAACCCCACCCCUGAUUUUAGCACCUGAUGUUUAACUUUGUGCUUAGCACCAUUUUAAUGCUUUUCUAGGAUAAAACCAACAAGAGACAAAUGUACCCGUGUCUUCAUCGUGUAAACAGAUGUUUAUUUCAAAGACCACAAGCCAAGGGGAGCAGAUGGGUUUGCUCAGAAAGGGCUUUGUUCCCGAAGUUACAGUACCAUAAAGCUUUGUAUGGAAAUGGAUGUUUUCAUUUGGUUCAUUCCCCUUCUUUGUAAAGCUGCAGAUUUAAUCAUCUUGCUCUUGAUUCAUGCAAAAAAGUAGGCCUGGGCUCUGAAUAGUUGUGUACACACAGCCUGUCGGGGGCUGGUCCCUGACACCCCUCCUUGCUGCCAUCCUUGCCUCUGUGCCACCAGCAAGGCAAGGCAUGGCUCUGCUUUCCCAUCCCAAACCACAUUUGAUUGAAGAAAACCACUCUGGCAAUUUUAAUAUAGGUUUAAAGUACAUUUCGUUUCCCAUUUCCAGCGAUAGAAAGGGCCACUGGUGAAAGGCAGGCUCAGGCCCUCCUCGUAACUUCUACUUUCAAGACAGUUACCUAAAAUGAAUUCAACCUUUUGAGAUGUGUCAUCUCUUUUCCAGAAGAGUCCUGGGAAAUCACUCUGAAGUCAGGGUACCAGGGCAGCUCCUCUUGCCUCGAUUAGUUGACUUGUGUAGGCAAAA